AUGUCGGAGGACCCGUCGUCAGCGAAUCUGGAAGCAAACAUGGAUGUCACGUUCAAUGUGGUCGUUGUCCUAGUUGUUUCACUGCUCAGCAUCGCCUUAAUUAUUACGGGUAUUAUUGUGGUUGCUAUAACACUGGAUCCUUCAAUGACUGGCAAUGGGAAUGGUGAAGAUGAUGAUGAGGAGGACGGAGAUGUGUUCGAUCUGGAACUGGAACGAGCAGUAGUAGAUUAUGAAAUUUUAAAAAAUAAAUUAAUCAUAUGA